AUGACAAAUAGGGUUGGGUGUAAGGCUAAAGUGGUGUUUAAGGUCAUUCUUAAUGGUUGCUAUUGUGUGCAUUUUUUUGAGGAACGCCAUACCCAUUCUAUGUGUUCAAUUAUUGCUAAGCAAUUUUUAAAGGUCAAUUGUAAUCUUGAUGCUGGCCAUCAACUUUUUGUUGCAAGUUGUGUUCGAGCAAAUAUUGGUCCUACUCGAUCGUAUAGGUUGUUUAAGGAGAUUGUUGGUGAGUAUUCUAAUGUUGGGGCUACAAGUGUGGACUUUAAAAACUUCAAACGUGAUUUGAUGGCGUACAUUUUAAAUGGUGAUCCUCAAUUGUUCAUAGAUACGUUGUUUAAAAGGCGUGAAUUGUGUGAAGCAUUUGGGUUUGAAUACGAUGUUGAUGAGGGUGAUCAGCUUUCAAGGGUUUUCUUAGCGGACGCAGUAUCUAGAAAGAAUUUUUCUUUGUUUGGUGAUGCUGUUUCGUUUGAUGCUACAUACCGUACUAACAGGUAUAAUUUGGUUUUUGUCCCAUUUACUAGUAUUGAUAAUCAUAAGAGAUGUAUCACCUUUGGUGCUGGGCUGCUUACGAAGGAAGACAUAGACUCAUACGUUUGGAUUUUGGAGAGCUUUAAGAAAAUAAUGGGCCAUGAUCCUAUUUGUGUCGUUACAGAUCAAGAUCCAACUAUGAAGGUUGCCGUUGCUCAAGUGGGAGAGAAGGUUGGACCAGUUUUAUCAAAAUAUGAGGUGUUUAGGAGGAAGUUGAAUGGCAUUGUUUGGGAUAAUUCACUUGAUCCCAAUGCCUUUGAGUUGCGAUGGAAUGAUAUUAUGGAGGAAUAUUGGUUGGGUGAUAGUGGUUGGUUUCGUUACUUGUUUGAGUCCCGUACAUUUUGGGCACCUCUAUACUUUCAUGAUGAGUUUAUGGCCGGUUUGGUUAGGACCACGUCUAGAUCGGAGGCUCAAAAUAGUUUUUUUGGCAGUUUCUUUAAUGGACAUUCUAGUUUGGUUGAGUUUCUGGUGCACUAUGACAGUGCUAUUGGUGCACAGCGGCAUGCCCAAGCAAAAUUGAAUGCUGAUUGUGAAGCUUGUUUUCCAGUUUUGAAGACACCAUUAGCGUUGGAGCGGCAUGCCAUGGUUGUUUACACAAUUUCUAUAUUUUAUGAUGUUCAAGACGAGAUUUUUUCGGCUUGUUUUUCUUGUCUAGUGGUGUCUUUGACUGAUUUUGAUGGUUGCGUGUCAUAUGUGGUAAAAGAUGGUGACCAUAGGACAUGGCAUGUGGAGUUAGCUUUAAAUGAUUAUUGUGCAAGUUGUUCUUGCAAGAUGUUUGAGCGUAUGGGGUUGUUGUGUAAGCAUAUUUUUUUUGUUUUUAAAGAUCGUGGACUUAAGAGUAUUCCUUCUAGGUAUUUGGUGCAUCGGUGGGCAAAGGGUGCAUGUUUGCACCCAAUAUUUCAUAUUGAUGGUACACUUGUUGAUCAAUCUACUAAAGUGGAGAAUGUUAGGGUGCUUACCAAUCUUAUGUAG